AUGUCGGGGUUGCUCCACACCACCCUCAGCGGCCUCAACAGCGAUUCCUACUGCGAGAUCAGCCAGUACCGCGACCAGCACUUCCGGGGUAGCAGGCAGCUGCAGGAGAAGUCCCUGAAGAUCUCCUCCACGCUGUACGUCGGAAACCUGUCCUUCUACACCACCGAGGAGCAGAUCCAGGAGCUCUUCUCCAAGUGCGGAGACGUCAAGAGGAUCGUCAUGGGCCUGGACAAGAUCAAGAAAACCCCCUGUGGCUUCUGCUUCGUCGAGUACUACACCAGAGCGGAUGCUGAACACGCCAUGCGGUUUAUCAACGGCACACGGCUGGACGACCGCAUCAUUCGAACCGACUGGGAUGCAGGGUUCAAGGAGGGCCGGCAGUAUGGAAGAGGAAAGACUGGAGGACAGGUGCGAGAUGAGUACCGGACAGACUACGACGUGGGAAGAGGUGGCUUUGGCAAGAUCAUUCAGAUGCAGAAGGCAAAUCAUCAGCCUGCAAUCUAUUAAUUGCACCGUGGCUCCUAGCGGGCUCCGUCCUUCAGAGCUAGCUCUGUUCUUGCGUUUUGGAUCGGGGUAGGGAGUGAGAUCCCAGUUCCAGCAGAAGGUGACCCUCCUUAGACUGUGGAUAUACAUGUAUUCAUCCCCCCUUCCUUCUGGGCUAGAGAGGGUGUUCUGUGCUGUUACAGGGCAACAAGGGGAAAAAAACAGACAGCUCUGCAGGAUUCUGGGUAAGAAGAAAGGCAGCAGGUCACACACACCUUGUGCGACAGGUUCUCCUCCUUGCAGUUGAGCAGGUGGCUUCCUCCAAGCUGCGGCUGCGGCCGUGGUUGCUCUCCAAUGGAACUCCUUAAAAGCUUAGCACCAUCGGAGCCCCGGGCACCUUGUGGGGACACACAAGAGAUUCAGGUUUCUAAUUCACAGCCUCAUCUGCAUGCAAAGCAGGAUCACUGUCUGGAUGAGACAAGUGGAGCAAGGUCUUACCCUCUGCUUGGAGGUGCCUCUUUGCACAUGUAGCCCUUGGGUUGGUCAGGGCCUGCAGAGCGUUUCUCUUUAUGAUGCCCCCAGUGCUGCCUGGCUUUUCAGAUCCUCACUGUUUGGCAUGAUUUUGUUAAAAGUUUCUUUUCAUUUUUUUUAAAUAAACCGUUGUAUUGGGUGUGGCUGAGAACAGAGUUAUUUUUUCCCCCGAGCAGCCUUCAGGAGGCUGUGCUGUGUGUCGGUAGCUGGGAAGGUGCUGCUGACAUGGUGGUGGUGUGGCUCCUGCUGAGCAGUGCUCCCACAGCAUCAAGGCUCUUUCUCCAGUCCUUACCCCCCUCGCCCUGUAGGCUGGGGGUGGGCAAGGUCUUGGGAGGGGACAGAGCCACCCAAACUGACCGAAGGGGCAUUCCAUCCCACAUGACGUCUGCUCAGCAACGAAAGCUAAGAGAAAGGAGGAGGAAGGGGAUAUUUGUUAUGAUGUUUAUCUUCUGGAGCACCUGCUGUGCCUACUGAAGCCCUGCUUCCCGGGAAGUGGCUGGACAUCACCUGCAGAUGGGAGAUGGGGAAUAAAGCUUUAGUUUUCCUUCGC